GCAUCGUCGACGUCUUCGCAGUCGUCGCAUAUGCACACACAUAAUUACACACAUCUCAUCUUCGCGCGCCGCGCUUUUUUCGCCCUCUGAUAUGUAUUAAUAUCAUAAAUAUACACAUUCAUUAUUUAGUUGGACCAUUUAGUUAAUGGUCAGCCAGUCUUUCGCUGUCUGCCGAAAGGAUAGCAACUCAGUUCGGGGAAUAGAAAAUCUAAGCCGUUACUAAUCGGAGUAGUGCGGUCGGAUCUGUUUGGAACCAUUUCCUACUUCUUUCCUGAAGGAGAAAGUUAGCAGUGGGGAAAAGGAUUUUCUGCUAUUUUGUUGGAGAAUUUUGAGGAUUUUGUGGAAGAUUUGUUUUGGUGCCAUUGAUCAUCGGAUUAAUUAUCAUAAAGUGCCAAUCAAAGGAUAACCAUAUUUAAGUGCUUUUUUAAAACCUCAUAAGAAAUAUGUGAAUCAAAAGUGUGCCGCAACGGAUUUAAAAAUAAUUUCAGAAAAAAGAACCAGAACAACGGAAAAUUGUGCAAAAAGAAGAUAAAACAAGAAAUUUAAACAAAUCGAAGAGAUUCAAACGAAAAUUAUCAACCGAAAAUAAUAAAAGAGUUGCCGAUCCUAAUCGAAGCUGAAUUCGCCGCAAAUUGAAAAUUACUAUCAUUUGGGAAACUAAUUCCAGUGUGCAGAGGAAACAUAAUCGAAGAAGCCAGAAACAAGCCAAGUGUAUUUUGUUUCGGAACCCCUCGAAGCGGUUCGCGAUAAAGUGGAUUUGGGAAGUGCCGAUUUAGUGCUGUGUGUGUAAGGAUAAUCGUUUGGUUGAUCCUGUACGGUCAGAGGCAUACGUACUUUUGUUGGAGGCGCAGCGUGGCGAAAAUUGUAAUUUGGAUAUCGUCAACGAUCGAGCAGAGAAGACGACGUUGUGCUGUUGCUGCUUUCGAACGAGAUAUUAUUCUGUCACUACUAGAAUAUAAGAUUAUGCUUGGCUGAUUAGUACGCGGAUUGUCGGCGGUGGAGGCGGCGACGGCGACGAAAUCGUCGACGGGUCCCGAACCAGUUGGUUGGACCCAUUCUGCUGCUUGUAGCGGUGACCUUUUUCGGACCACGCAAGAAACAAAUGCUUUUGUGAUACAUAAACCGCACUCGAGCAGGCAACCAGUGCCCACCCUUCGUCGAUUUUUAUGGACCCAUUCAAUAGACGACGAUAGCACCUUUAGUAGCAGCCAAUAUGAAAUAUUUACAAGUUAUAGUAUUUAUUGUAGUUUACCACAUUAGUUUAUCCCAAUCAAGGCGGUUUGGAUUCCGCCGGCAUAAACGACAGUAUGGCAGUAAUCUAUACCUCCCGGAGAGCUAUAUUAUUCCGGGCGGCGAUGAUUCACCGGACGACCAGUGGGGGCCGUGGAGUUCCCCGUCGGAAUGUUCGCGCAGCUGUGGGGGCGGUGUGACCCACCAAACCCGAGAGUGUCUUAACACAAGUCCAGAUGGUCAGCCGCUGUGCCGCGGGGGAAGCAGAAAGUAUUUCUCCUGCAACAUACAGGACUGUCCGGAAGGUGAACCGGACUAUCGGAAGCAGCAAUGUUCCGAGUUCAAUAGUGUGCCUUUUGAGAACCACCGGUACCAGUGGGUCCCAUACACAAAGGCUCCGAAUCCUUGUGAGCUGAACUGCAUGCCCAUUGGAGAGCGGUUCUAUUACCGUCACAAGGCGAAGGUCACCGACGGAACGCGCUGUAAUGACGAAUCCUUCGAUGUCUGCGUUGAUGGAACAUGUCAAGCGGUAGGAUGCGAUAUGAUGCUCGGAUCGAAUGCGAAGGAGGACAAAUGUCGAACCUGUCAGGGAGACGGAAGCGGUUGCAAAACGGUGACCGGACUUUUGGACGCCAAUAACCUGCAGGUGGGCUACAACGAUCUUCUGUUGGUUCCGUCAGGGGCAACCAAUAUCGUAAUCAACGAACGGGGUCCGUCCAACAACUAUUUAGCUAUUCGAAACCUUACCGGUUUCUAUCACCUCAAUGGCAACUACCGAAUCGAUUUUCCCCGAGCGAUCCAUUUCGCUGGAAGCGAUUGGCAUUACGAGCGUAGACCACAGGGCUUCGCUGCUCCCGACAAGCUAACGUGCUUGGGACCUACCAAUGAAGCCGUGUAUUUGGUGUUGCUCUCCCAGGACCGCAACGUUGGUGUCAACUAUGAAUACAGUGUACCCUCGCAGUCCGCCCCAGUGGACGAGCCGGAUACGUACUCUUGGACCUACACGCAAUACGAACCGUGCUCGGUAAGCUGCGGAGGUGGAGUCCAGCACCGAAACGUGACUUGCAACAGCCGAACGACUUUGAAGCCGGUCAAGGAAGGAUUGUGCGACGCAUCCGCUCGACCUGCCGAAUCGCAGAAGUGCGCACAGGAAUCCUGCCCACCACAGUGGGUGGAAGGGUCGUGGGGUAACUGCUCCUUGCCUUGCGGAAGCGAAGGCAAGCAGACUCGGGAUGUGCACUGCGAGCAGGUUUCACCAGAAGGGGUGCCCGAAAAGGUUGAAGAUUCUACUUGUCUGGAGCGCGUGGGUAACAAGCCAGCUACAGAGCAGGAAUGCAAUCGUGGAACGAUUUGUCCUGAGUGGUACGUCGGAAAGUGGACUCCGUGUAACAAACUUUGUGGUGAGGGUGAACAAACGCGGAAAGUUACCUGCUAUCGAAAGGAGAACGGACGCAUUACGGUACUGGAUGACUCGGAAUGUGUUACAGAGAAGCCGGAGGAAAAGCAGAUGUGUAUGCUGCGGCCUUGUGAGGGCGUUGACUACAUCGCUUCGUCAUGGAGUGGGUGUGAAGAGUGCGGAUCCACGGUGGAAACUCGAACGGUAUACUGCGCAUCCAAGUCGGGAACUGUCUACGAUAACAAGUUCUGUGCGAACCGUGAAAUGCCGGAGCUGAAACGCGAAUGCAAAGCAACCCCAUGCGAGUACCAGUGGUUUACGUCCCAGUGGAAUAAGUGUUCGGCGGUUUGCGGUAAGGGGGUACAAACUCGUACCGUAGUGUGUGGAAUGUUUGACGGGCAAUCGUUGAAGCGGGCGGAUGAUGACUACAAGUGCGACGCCUCGUUGCGACCGGAAAAUGAAAGGGAAUGCGACGGACCGGCAGAGUGUCCUGGACAGUGGUUCACUGGACCAUGGUCCGAUUGCACUAAGGCAUGUGGAGGAGGAUUUAUGUCAAGGAAAGUGCUGUGCAUAGCGAAUGGAACUGUAGUCGCCGAGACGAACUGCAAGGUGGAUACCAUUGAGUUGAGCACAGAAUCCUGUAACAGCCAUGACUGCACAGAUGAUGAGAUCAUUCCGGUGGAUGUGACAAGUAAGCCAUUGGAGGAAGAUGAUUACGAUGACGAAGAAUGGUGUGACGAUGAGGACGAUGAAGCCACUGAAUCCCCCGACGGUGUUCUUAUGGUAACUGAUGACAGUACGCUCGUGGAUGGAAUUGAUCUUGAAUCGGUACAAGUAACAACAGAAUCUUCACUGGAGACGGAUGAAAUGAUGUUGAGUGAUGCAACUGGAUUUGAAACGGGUGCAACUGAUGCAGAUACCUCUACGGACGUGUCCACUAUUGAGGGAUCAGGUUUUGACAUUGAUGUGCGUCUAGGUGAAACCGAAUCUCUUGUGACGGGUGAGGGAUCAGGCGAUGAAGACGAAGUGAGUGCUACUACUGAAGCAGCAGAUGCUUCACUCGCAUCAGAAGCAACCGCUACAUCAGAUAGUGCUUCAGCUGGGUCAACCUUGGAAUCACUUUCAUCUGUUAAAGAUGCAUCAUCUGCAAGUACGGAGUCUUCAAGCACGGAUGUUUCAGGCACUUCUGCUGGUGUUACUGAAUCAUCGGCUUCUACUGAAAUUAGUUCCGAAGCCAGUAGUUCGGGAUCAUCUACUGAGGGUGUUUCGUCAGGUACUUCAGCAGAUACAACAACCGAGAGUUCAUCCUCGAGCAGCCCAUCGGAUACAACCUCCGAGAGUUCAAGUACGUCUAGCUCAUCUGAUACUACAGACCUUAGCUCCACAACUGAAUCGUCUUCAUCAACCGAUUCUUCCGACGCUUCCUCAGAUGCAUCAACUACUGAAUCAUCAUCCGGCACUACAGUUGAUUCAAGUGCUGCUUCAUCGGAAAGCUCGUCUGAGGGUACAACCAGCGGUUCGACGACUGAAUUGUCGAGUGACUCGUCAACAGAUGACGAUAUUGUUGAAGACUUCUCUACAGAAAGUUCCACUCUUAAUGCAGAAAGCAGUACAGAUUCUUCCGAUAGUACCGACUCGUCUGACGUCACUGAAGCAACUGAAGACUCUAGUUCUACUGUGCAAGGCUCAACAACUGAAUCAUCCGAUGCAACUACGGUUGCAGAAGAAACCCAAUCUACUGGACCAACCGAAUCGACCGUUACCGAGGAAACAUUGUCCACGCAAGAAUCAUCCAGCACUGAAGCUGCAUCGACAGUAUCUUCCGUCAGUGAUGCAUCAGAAUCAAGCGAAGCGUCCACCGAAAGUUCUACAGAUGUUAGCGAUUCAUCUACCGAUUCAAGCGUCGAUCUGGAAAUUAGCACAUUUGACAUUUGGAAUCGGGCAGGCGAAGAUGACGAAAGCAGCACACCUUACACACUCAGCUCGAUCAUAUCGAAGGAACAGAAACCGCGAAAAUGCAAACCAAGGCCACACACCCCGCUGUGCGCCAAAUCCAAGUUUGGAUGCUGUCCGGACGGAAAAACUAAGGCGGAAGGACCAUUCGAUGAGGGAUGUCCACUGCCAGAAACAUGUAAGGAAACUAAACACGGCUGCUGCCCGGAUGGCGUGUCUCCGGCUAAGGGUCCAAAGAACAGGGGUUGUCCGAAAUCGGAAUGUGAAGAGACUCUGUUUGGUUGCUGCCCAGAUAAAGUCACCCCGUCUGAAGGCAACGACUUCGAGGGUUGUCCAGUGGAGACGACUACGGUGGCUGGCUGCGUGCUCAGCAAACACGGUUGUUGCGCAGAUGGCGCUACCGAAGCCAAGGGACCCAACUACAAAGGCUGCCCAGGAGUUAAGGAACCAGAGGAAGAUAAACCUGUCGAUCAGGUUACGGAUGAACCGGUGGAAGUUGGAUGCGCAGGAUCGACCCAUGGAUGCUGCUCAGAUAAUGUUACAGAGGCAACUGGACCAAACGGAGAAGGAUGCGAAACUUGUGCCAAGGAACCGUUCGGAUGUUGUCCGGAUGGAAAAACACCGGCCCAUGGUUGGAAUAGGGAAGGAUGCUGUUUGGAAACGCCAUACGGAUGCUGCCCCGACAAUAUCAAUCCUGCCCGUGGACCUGGCUUGGAAGGCUGUGGAUGUGAGUACUCACCAUAUGGGUGCUGUCCAGAUAACACGACAUCGGCGAGAGGUCACGACAAUAGGGGUUGCGGCUGUCAGUAUGCCGAAUUCGGUUGCUGUCCAGAUAAGGAAACAGAAGCCACUGGACCCGAAUUCGCUGGAUGCCCAUGCCAUGCAUUCCAGUUCGGAUGUUGCCCAGAUGGCCUCACUGCGGCGAAGGGACCGCACAACCAUGGCUGCCAUUGCUCGUACAGCGAGUUCAAGUGUUGCUCAGAUGGACAGACAGCUGCCCAGGGACCGAACUUCGAGGGAUGCACAUGCGCUACCAGCAAGUACGGAUGCUGUCCGGACGGAGUCAACGAAGCCCAAGGUACUAAGUUCGAAGGAUGUGAAGUCGUGCCCGAAUCGCCACAGAAGGCAUGCGUCCUCAAGAAGGAUAUGGGAACGUGCCACAACUACACUGUCAAGUACUUCUUCGAUGUGGAAUACGGAGGUUGUGGAAGGUUCUGGUAUGGUGGAUGUGACGGAAACAAGAACCGCUUCGACACAGCCGAAGACUGCAAGGAUGUUUGCGAGAUGCCCGAAGGAAAGGAUAGAUGUCAGCUACCGAAGAUUCCCGGACCCUGCACUGGAUAUUAUCCGAUGUGGUACUACGAUACGGACAGGAACACUUGCGCCCAGUUCACAUACGGUGGAUGUCUGGGCAAUGCCAAUCGGUUCGAAACGCUCGAAGAAUGCAAGGGAACUUGCGUGGUGGAUGAUUCAGUCCCUCCAUGUGAUCAGCCACAGGAAGCCGGACCGUGCAAUGGACAGUUUGAACGAUGGUACUAUGAGAAGGCAAGUGAUUCUUGCGAGCCCUUCUUAUUCGGUGGCUGCAAAGGAAACAAAAAUAACUACCCAACGGAGAGUUCCUGUACCUAUCACUGCAAGAAACCCGGAGUUCACAAGCCUAGCUGCACAUUGCCAAUGGAGGCUGGCAGUUGUGAUGGCAAGCUGGCCCGUUGGCACUUUGCCAGGGAUGAUAAUAAAUGCAUGCCCUUCUACUUCACCGGUUGUGGUGGGAAUCAUAAUCAGUUUGUCUCGCUGGAUGAGUGCGAAGAGCAGUGUCCACCGAAGGUCGAGAAAGACAUCUGCUUCCUGCCGGCCGAGAUUGGCGAAUGCCAGAACUACACCGCCCAUUGGUACUUCGACACGAAGGAGUCACGCUGCCGACAGUUCUACUAUGGUGGAUGCGGUGGCAAUGGAAACAACUUUGCCGAUGAACAGGCCUGCGUUAGUCGAUGCGUCCAUGGUGGCGAGAAACCGGCAGAACCUGUCCAACCGGAGCAACCACCUCACAGGGAGGAAUUCGACAGUCGACUGUGCUUCCUGGAGGUGGACUCGGGUGAUCGCAGUUGCCAGCAGCAUGAACGACGGUACCAUUAUGACCGAAGCAUGGGAACCUGCAUGGACUUCACCUACACCGGAUGUGGUGGCAAUGAGAACAAUUUCGUUAGCUAUGAAGAGUGUGAUGAGUCAUGCGGACGAGUCGAAGAUGCUUGCACGCUACGACCAGUGUACGGACGCUGUGCAGAGAAUGAAACCCGAUGGUACUACGAUCAACGCAGCCAACGUUGUCACACGUUCUCUUACAGUGGAUGUCAAGGUAAUGCAAAUAACUUCAACACGGAGCAGGAUUGCGAACGACAAUGCAGAGCUGAACCGGCCCCGGCACCUGAACAGGAGCGUGAGCCAGAACGCGUACCGGAACAGCCUGCACAACCCACAGGAAGUGUUUGCGAUGAGCCAUAUGACUACGGUACCGGAGAUAGUCCCAUUAUUCUGUACGUGUUCAACAAAGAGCGAUCGUCGUGCGAACAGAACUACUACAGCGGAGAGGGUGGUAACGGAAACAGGUUUGACUCGCAGGAACAGUGCGAGCGGCAAUGCGGGGAGUACCGUGGAGUCGAUGUUUGUCAGGAUGCCAAGGACGCUGGUCCCUGUGAGGAAACUAUUCCCCGGUUCUACUACGACACACGAACGAGAACAUGCCAUCCAUUCAACUACAGUGGCUGCGAAGGCAAUGGAAACCGAUUUGCCACGGCUCAAGAGUGCGAGUCGACUUGCGUGGAUAAACAUGUCGAAAACGAAGUCGAUCCCUGCGAGAGCUACAACGAAGAGUGCCGACAGAUCCAUUGUCCGUAUGGCAUUGCCCGAUCGUAUGACCCAAGCAAUGACUGUGAGAGAUGCUCCUGUGAAGAGCCUUGUGCCGCUGUACGAUGCCCAGCCGGUACCGAAUGUGCCGUGGAUCUACAGAGUGACUAUCGCGACGGGGCCACUUUUGUGGCCAUAUGCCGUCCUACGAGCAAAGAUGGCGAAUGUCCUCAACUGGCUAACGCAACGGUUUGCCAGGAUGCUUGCCGAACGGAUGCCGACUGCCGCAGUGAUAACAAGUGUUGUCAAGCUGGAUGUGCUACGGUUUGUGUGCCGCCUGCAGAACAACCGCCGGUGGAUUCAAGACCGUCUUAUCCUACGGGAGAUCCUGCUCCACCAGUAUUAGAUACGGUGCCAGAGGAAGAGCUCGAUAUCAAGUCCGAAGAGGGAGGCAUUGCGAUCCUGAGAUGUUACGCCACUGGAUUCCCACCGCCAUCGAUCCGUUGGAAGAAGGGAGAAGUUGUUUUGAACACCAAUCAAGGACGAUUCGUGCUAACGUCGAGCGGAGACCUGCAGAUCGUUCAGCUUCAUCGCACAGAUAGUGGAACCUACGUUUGCAUUGCCGACAACGGAGUAGGAGAUCCAGUUUUCAGAGAGGUCAAACUGCAGGUGAACGACCCUGUUCCACGGGAUGCCUACAUCGUGGGUGAACACAACGCUACCCAGGUGGUGGAAUUGAACGAACCGGCAAUGCUGCGCUGCCCUGCCGGUGGAUAUCCGAAACCUAUCGUAACAUGGUGGAGGGAAACCUUUAUGAUGCCGAUCAAGCUAAUCAAUCGUGACUACUCACUCGAAUUCACUCGUGUGCGACUAUCCGAUCUCGGUCCCUAUGUUUGCCAAGCCUACUCUGGUGCUGGUAAGGGUAUUUCCCGAACGGUUACCCUAAAGGCCUAUGGACCUGUCCAGAUUUCUGAUCCGGUGGAUGAAAAAUAUCUCCGCUAUAUUGUCCACGCUCGCCCCACCCAUGCCCCUACCUACCGACCAAGACCACUUCCCCCACAAUAUCCUCGCCCAACUCCUCCGAUAGUUCACACACCACCUCCCCCACCAGUUUAUGUUCCAGAACCAGUGGCAGUAACGGCCCGCCAGGAGCUACCAUACGGUACCCAAUUCGCCCCGAACAGCAACAUCACUAUCGGAUGUAAGGUCGAUGGCUACCCGCGACCAACGGUGAACUGGUACAAAGACGGCCGAAUCGUGGAACCCACGAACCGUAUUCACAUUGACGAUGACCACACGCUGAACGUGUUUGGUGCCCUACCGACGGAUUCGGGAGCGUACAAAUGCCUAGCGCGGAACGAGCACUCCGAAGCAUUCGAAGAAAACAAUAUCCGAGUGGAAGGUGUCUUCAUCCCAACCGGCUGUACGGACAACCCAUUCCUGGCCAAGUGCGCCCUGAUCGUGCAGGCUCGCUUCUGCAACCACAAGUACUACGCGCGAUUCUGCUGUAAGUCUUGCACGCUAGCAGGACAACUGCGCCAUUGAGCAAUUGGAAGCUAAAUUGGAGCUCCGAAUGCGGAGCUGAUGAUCGAAUCGAACUUGUCUGUGUGCCGAAUGCGAAUGAGAGACCGCGUGUGUGAUUCCGCUGCUUUCAGUGUAGUGUUCCGUUAGUUUUAGGUAGUAGCCUUAGCAGCAAUUAACUCCUACCAGGUUAAGAUGAAACUCGAACGAAAUUUCCAAAGUUAAUUAUUAUUAGUCAAAUCGUUUUGAACCUUGCGCAACUGGUUUUUCUUCGAAGAAUUUCGUUCCAUCCUAGCUGCUAGGUAAGUCGAACCAAUCGCGAUCGUUCCCCCCGACAUACUCUCAUCGCUUCUAACUUAUGGUGCAGAAGAGACAACGCUAAAAACCAAAUUCAUUAGCAGUUAUUAGUAAUCUUACUCAUUUUUCCUCUAAAACUAAAUUCUAUGUUAGGUCAAACGAAACUUUCCAGAAAUGCAUUUAACUCUUUUUAGAUUCUUCCUUUUUUACAAUUAACUUGUUUGGAUCAAUUCCCUUGUUUCCAUUUUUUCAUCCAACAUAGGGUAUCAUAUGUUAGAAAAGAAAAGAUCUGUUGAAUCGCUAACUGGAAACAGAGCAAAUUACAUGUAAGUGAAACAUUGUGUACAUAUUUAUUGAUAGUGAAGCAAAUAAAAUAGGAAGUAUUCACGGUUUGCCACAAAAGAAUAAUUACUUCUGUUACGCUCGAUAGAUGUUACGCCGCUUUUCUGUACGAUAAAUUAACUGGAACUAAUAAAUGCAAUCGAUGAAAACA